AUGGAUCAGGAGUAUGAGGAACGUGAACGUGUGUUGUCGAUCAUAAGAGGAGGAGAGGAGUCGUUGGAAUCGUAUUCUUCAAUAACAGAUUUCAAGCAGAAUUUGGGUGAAGAAGUUUUCGCACAUGAGAAAUUGGAAAAGGGAUGGGUUUUGUAUGAGGAAUUAUUAGGCCAACACAAAAUCAAAGCGCUGCUCAAACGCACUGCAUCACAAAGUUGGUUUCUCGUCCAUUCUCUGAUACAAUUUUGGGGAGUGGUGAAGGUGGAGGGGAGCCGUCACUACCUCUCUUCCUCACACCACCCUUUUUGUGUUAGCAGUCUCCACAAGGGGUUAUGUUGGUACAGGAAGCUAUGCAGAGAUCAUGAGUAUGUUGUUGUUGAUGUCGGAGAUGUCGAGCAGCAGCUUGGAGGCGUGGGAAGGGUGUACCGGAACAAGCUACCCGAAUCCACACCUGAUCUGAGACUAUACUCCACCCAUGAAUUUCCGAUGCGGGAUGAAGCUGCUCGCUGCGGUUUCAGAGCUUACAUGGCACUGCCUCUAUUUGAUUCGCAUACCUAUCAAUGCUACGGUGUUUUGGAGCUCAUUGAAAGCCUUUAUUCUCAUUAUGCAAGGGAACAAUUACUAUAUCUGCUGGAUCCAGCACUACAGAUGGCAGGGUUGAGGUCCAAUCACAAUCCCAUUGCUAUUAGAGGCCCGACAAAUGAAAGGAUGCAGCAACCUGAAGCUAACAUAGCAGAGGUACUUGAAUUGGCUAUGGCGACAAUCCCACGACUAUAUCUGGCACAGGUUUGGACCCCGUGUAAUAACUAAUGUGUUAACAUCUCCACCAACUUAUGCUUCAUGGAGAUGGUAUCUUUCAUUGAUUCUCAAAGUAAGAUAUUCAA